AUAGUUUCUAUAUGUUUGCAUAGUGGCCGAUGUGAAGUCAUUGUCCCCUCCGUCGUAACUCCGAAAGUAAAGUGCUGAAGGUUGUAAAACUUGUUGAAGUAAAAGUGAAGUGUUCACUAUUGCGUAAUAAAUCCAGGAAGCAAUGGAAUGAUUUGCCCGCAUUUGUUUAGUGUCAAAUCAUGCAAGUGUCAGAACGAGGAACAACCAUGGAGCAACUAAAUGAAAUGCAGCUAAAGACUGUUGAGACCCAACUGAAAGAGCUAUUUCCUCAGUCGCAGCAGGUUUAUGGUUACAUUUUCCAGAUGAACAGAGUUAUGGCUGACCCAAUUCAGGUUUUUGUGGACCGCUGGCCAGAAUUCAAUGUCAUUCUCUGCAAACCACCAUAUGGGAAGGAGGGGGACCUAUUUAAAGACACAUGUGUUUUUACGAAAGAUGAAGCUUCUUUUAGGAAUAUCCUUGGAGAGAACAACAUAAUUGACUGGACAAAGUUCCUCUGUUUAGGCACCAGUCUUUGCUAUGAGGAGAUGAUGAUGGCGGUGGCUUCUGAGAGAAAGGUGCCCGUGAAUAAAGUGUCUGUGAGUCACAUGAUGAUGCUCCAGGAUCCAUCCCGCCUUUCACCUGUAGAAAGUGCAAUUGAAUCAAUGAUAUCCUCACUGGACGAAUCCCAUACUGAUCUGGUCAACAAAACCUGGAAGUUCGGGAACACGGAGAACAGUUUCCAGAUGAUCCGGAACAUGAUCCGGCACUACCCGUCUUGCUGUGUGCUGGAUGCAGAGAGCCAGCUGCCCAUAGCCUGGGUUCUGACCUAUCCCUCCUGUGCCAUGGGUAUGUUGUACACCCUGCAGGAGCACAGAGGACAGGGCCUGGCCAAAGCCCUGGUCAGCAGCAUGUCCAGGAGACUCUAUUCUCAGGGCUUCCCAGUGUACUGCUUCGUUGAGGAGGAGAAUACACUGUCCUACAACCUUUUCACCAACCUGGGCUUUACUGAGGACCCUCAAUACAGGGCUGCAUGGUUUGACUUUAACAGUUUAUGAUUAAGGUCGUGCAUAGAGAUCAAUGUUGACAUUAAAAGCUAUGCUAUUAUCUCCAAAAAAAGACAGUGUGUGAAGAGAUCAUAUCAUUGCAGGAUAUUACUUUGAACAGUUAAAUGUAUCUAUGCACACAAUUCAAAUACCUUUUAGACUGGCAACGAUUCCAUUAUUUUACAUUUAGCGACAAUCUUAUCCAGAGUGAUUAAAUUUUUUUACUUUUCCUUACUGGUCCCCUGUGGGAGUCAAACCCACAACUCUGUCGUUGGAAGCGCCAUGCUCUACCAACUGAGCCACACGGCACCCCAUGAUGUUUGUUUCUCCAGGCUUAUUUUCAGUGUGGUGUAAUUAGAAUGCUGCAUAGUAAAAUAUACUAAUUGUAUUCUGAGCUAUAACACUUCAUCAGUGUUUAGAUUUCUGAUUCCAAAUGAGGGAAUGUUUACAAAAACAAGACAAAAAAUAGAAUAAAUACAAUUAAACUCAACAAAAAAAGAAACGUCCCUUUUUCAGGACAGUGUCUUUCAAAGAUAACAACUGCACAGGAUCGGUACAUCCGAAAAUCACACCUGCGGGACCGGUACAGGAUGGCAUCAACAACCGCCCGAGUUACACCAGGAACGCACAAUCCCUCCAUCAGUGCUCAGACUGUCCACAUUAGGCUGAGAACGUCACCUGUGGGCACAAACCCAUCUUCGCUGGACCAGACAGGACUGGCAAAAGUGCUCUUCACUGACAAGUCGCGGUUUUGUCUCACCAGGGGUGAUGGUUGGAUUCGCAUUUAUCGUCGAAGGAAUGAGCGUUACACCGAGGCCUGUACUCUGGAAUGGGAUCGAUUUGGAGGUGGAGGGGCCGUCAUGGUCUGGGGCGGUGUGUCACAGCAUCAUCGGACUGAGCUUGUUGUCAUUGCAGGGAAUCUCAACACUGUGCGUUACAGGGAAGAUAUCCUCCUCCCUCGUGUGGUACCCUUCCUGCAGGCUCAUCCUGACAUGACCCUCCAGCAUGACAAUGACACCAGCCAUACUGCUCAUUCUGUGCGUGAUUUCCUGCAAGACAGGAAUGUCAGUGUUCUGCCAUAGCCAGCGAAGAGCCCGGAUUUCAAUCCCAUUGAGCAUGUCUGGGACCUGUUGGAUCGAAGGGCUAGGGCCAUUCCCCCCAGAAAUGUCCUGGAACUUGCAGGUGCCUUGGUGGAAGAGUGAGGCAACAUCUUACAGCAAGAACUGGCAAAUCUGGUGCAGUCCAUGAGGAGGAGAUGCACUGCAGUACUUAAUGUAGCUGGUGGUCACACCAGAUACUGACUGUUACUUUUGAUUUUGACCCCCCCCCCUUUGUUCAGGAACACAUUAUUCAAUUUCUGUUAGUCACAUGUCUGUGGAACAUGUUCAGUUUGUCUCAGUUGUUGGAUCUAGUUAUGUUCAUACAAAUAUUUACACAUGUUAAAAGUUUGCUGAAAAUAAAUUCAGUUGAUAGUGAGAGGACUAUCAAGUGUAAAACAUGUUAAUAUAGUGUAAAACAUGAUAAAAAAUAUUUCUUAUUCAUCUUUGUUUAGUACUGAACUUCACAGGCUGAUGCUACCAAAGUGGUUAGAGUUCCUCAGAAGUGAAAAGCACAAAAAAAACUCAACAUUUAGACUAGAGGAAAGGUUGUUUAAGACAACAAUUUUACAUUCAACACAGUGUAAGGUCAAUGAUGCAUUUUCCAGCUUGAAAUAACACCAAUAACACAACAUUAAAAUAAUGGUUGUUGUCAAACGUGUCAGGCUCAAAAUAGAGUCACAGGACAUAGUAUGAAAUGCUUAAUUGUCAGAUACUGAGCCAACUGUCACACUCCUUACUCCAAGUCAGCAAUCAAAUGGGCACAUUUUUCUUGCAUCACCUUACUGAAAGGAUUUUUAAAUUGAACCUUUAUUUAACCAGGUAAGUCAGUUAAGAACAAUUUCUUAUUUACAAUGACGGCCUAACGGGGAACAGUGGGUUAACUGCCUUGUUCAGGGGCAGAACAACAGAUUUUCACCAUGUCAGCUCGGGGAUUCUUUUCGGUUGCUGGCCCAAUGCUCUAACCACUAGGCUACCUACCGCCCAUAGACAUGAAACAUGCAGAUGAAACCAACUGCACCAUCCGCAGCAAAGACACCAUUAAUCCACAUCCUCUCUCCUCCAGCCUUACCAGCCAUCUCUCCCAGUAACGUAGCACUGGAUCUGAGCUAAGUAGAUGGGCCAGGGAACCAUCUUUUUCUCACUAGUAUCUGUCCAUUCUCAACCUGCAGGGAGAGCAAGAAACCAUGGAGGAAAUGAAGCACAUUGUGUAUUAUGUGAGAAAGACAUUUGAGAGAGAGACUCAUUUAACUCACAGCUCUUCCACCUUGGCCCUAACUCUUCGAUGUUUGCAUUUCUGUAUGGUGGCAGCAAUACUGUUAGCUCCAUCACUACACUGCUUAUUCCUAUCCAGAAUCUUCAGAACUGCUAACAUUUAAGGAUUAGUGCCAAGGAGGAGCUGUAUGAAGUGAAUUAGGAUGAGAGAGUAUGGUAGUUUAGGUCAUUCACACCUGGUAGUUGUAGUUCACGUCGUUGUUUAAGGCCCCAACAUAGUCUGCUACCUGUAGGGGGUUGUUGUACGUGUUGAUGAGGAAAGUUUUCAACCUCUGAUGUUUCCGUUAAAAGCACUUUCAAUUAAGAUUCUCCAUUGAGCAUGCAUGUUUUUUAGUCCAGGACUAGGCUUUAUCUGUGUCUGGAAAGAAUAACAAAGUCUGAGUUGGCCAAAUAAACUUACAGGUCAGGUAGAGCCUCUAGUCCUUCCUUUGAUAAGAUGUUGGUCGCGUUCCAGGCUGACAACAUUGCAGACGUUGCAUUACAUCAAAUUAUGUGGUUAGCUGAUAUGUUGAACAUCUAUCCAGUCGUUGGGAGAUCUGGUAGUCGUCUGCAAUGUAGUUAGCCUGGAACGUGGCCAUCCUCACCUGUAGAAAGCAACGCAGUCCACAAAUCAAAGAUAGCCUAGUUUGUCAUGCUGCACACUGCUCUCGAUGGCUCUCACUCCCCUAACGUCCUCCAACACAUGGUGUAUACUCUCCAUGUACCCCUCUACCUCUGCUGGAACCUCUGGUGCCUUCUCAGGAUCUGCUGUGUCUUCCCCUGGGGCCUCCUCUGUUGUCAAUGGGCAAACACUCCCCACGGUCAUGUGGAAAAGCUUCCCUUGCCUGAAUAGAUCUGACAUGUUUGUUUGUGUGGAUCAUGUCCUCAUGAUUAAAUCAACUUUUACUAUCAGAGGGUUCUGCUUACACCUACUACCUCAUAUUGUAUUCCUUAAAGCCAUCCUAUACCAGUUGAGUGAUAAUCUUCCUCCUACACCUCUCCAGGUAAAACUUUUGUUCCGGGUACAGUGUCUGCUGAAGGAUAUGGAUCACACAUCCAAGCUCAGUUUCGCCAGAUUAAAAUGCCCUGUUGCAACGGGUGGAGCAUUUUAAACACUUUGGGUGGCAGUCGUUAGGAGGGUGUUUGGGAUUUUCUCACAUGUCCGUAGAUUUGAGCAUCUGGCUCCUUUAGGAUCUUGGUAUUUUGAGCACUGACUCAGUGGGACACAACUGACUUGACAAGUGUAGAGUAGCGUCUGCUGUCCAUGGAACUGUAUGGACUGCGUUUCUUACGAGCUGGAGAUACAUUGGAAGUGGAGAAAGUAUUCACGGAAGUCGGGGUACAAUGGGAGAAGAGUCCAGUCACAACCCUAGCUGGCUCCCACACACGAUGUGCACAUCUAAACAGCUGAUGGAAAUGCAUUCUAGUUUGUUAGAUAACUUAGCUAGCCACAUACAAUAGUACACAGUGAAAGUUGUAGGAGAUAUACCCAAGGACGUCAGAGGACAAAAAUCAGUUAACCACCUAACUGAGGAACUCAAUUUAACCUUGCGCAAUACCAUAGAUGCAGUCGCCCCCCUAAAAACUAAAAACAUUUGUCAUAAUAAACUAGCUUCCUGGUAUACAGAAAAUACCCGAGCUCUGAAGCAAGCUUCCAGAAAAAUGGAACGGAAAUGGCGCCACACCAAACUGGAAGUCUUCCGACUAGCUUGGAAAGACAGUACCGUGCAGUAUCGAAGAGCCCUCACUGCUGCCUGAUCAUCCUAUUUUUCCAACUUAAUUGAGGAAAAUAAGAACAAUCCCAAAAAAAAGUGAUACUGUCGCAAAGCUAACUAAAAAGCAGCAUUCCCCAAGAGAGGAUGGCUUUCACUUCAGCAGUAAUACAUUCAUGAACUUCUUUGAGGAGAAGAUCAUGAUCAUUAGAAAGCAAAUUACGAACUCCUCUUUAAGUCUGCAUAUUCCUCCAAAGCUCAGUUGUCCUGAGUCUGCACAACUCUGCCAGGACCUUGGAUCAAGGGAGACACUCAAGUGUUUUAGUACGAUAUCUCUUGACACAAUGAAGAAAAUAAUCAUGGCCUCUAAACCUUCAAGCUGCAUACUGGACCCUAUUCCAACUAAACUACUGAAAGAGCUGCUUCCUGUGCUUGGCCCUCCUAUGUUGAACAUAAUAAACGGCUCUCUAUCCACCGGAUGUGUACCAAACUCACUAAAAGUGGCAGUAAUAAAGCCUCUUGAAAAAGCCAAACCUUGACCCAGAAAAUAUUUUUAAAACUAUCGGCCUAUUUUGAAUCUCCCAUUCCUCUCAAAUAUUUUAGAAAAAGCUGUUGCACAGCAACUCACUGCCUUCCUGAAGACAAACAAUGUAUACGAAAUGCUUCAGUCUGGUUUUAAACCCCAUCAUAGCACUGAGAUUGCACUUGUGAAGGUGGUAAAUGACCUUUUAAUGGCGUCAGACCGAGGCUCUGCAUCUGUUGCUGGGCAAUAUGGACUUUCAGCUCCCUCCAAAGAUGUUCUACUGGGUUCAGGUCUGGAGACUGGCUAGGCCACUCCACGACCUUGAGAUGCUUCUUACGGAGCCACUCCUUAGUUGCCCUGGCUGUGUGUUUCGGGCCUCCUAAUUGUCCCUAGAAUUUCUAAGCAAACAGCUGGAGGCAGGGCUUUCUCCUAUAGAGCUCCACUUUUAUGGAAUGGUCUGCCUACCCAUGCGAGAGACGCAGACUCUGUCUCAACUUUUAAGUCUUUAUUGAAGACUCAUCUCUUCAGUAGGUCCUAUGAUUGAGUGUAGUCUGGCCCAGGAGUGUGAAGGUGAACGGAAAGGCACUGGAGCAACGAACCGCCCUUGCUGUCUCUGCCUGGCCAGUUCCUGAUAGAGGAAAUUAUAGUUGAAAUGAUUAAUUAUGUAUACAUUAUUGAUUAGAACCAUUUAUUCUAAUACUAUUAUGUUAUGGUAUGAAAAGUAUGAGUUCUUGAUUAAGCUGUUACUGAAAAUGUAAGCAGAAAGAAUUAAUUGUCUGUGCCUCUCGGGCGGUUUAAGGGGGAGAGAUGCUAUAGCUUUUCAGACAGAUAAGAAAUGUUUGGGUGGUGUUCCAUUAGUGGAGAAAAGUAUAUCUUUUAGACAGUUUGGAAUGUAGUUUUAUGGGGGGAGUAGAGGAAGAGUUCCAGACCAAAAAACAAUGGGCUCUUGUGAGAAUCGGAGAGAGGGUGGGAAACUGAUGUCAUUUUCAGUUUAUAACCUGUGGAAAUAUGUGUAUGCGUGAGUACUCUCUUGUAAUAAACGCUGUUUACCUUUGGCUUUUAAGACUGGUCUCAAUCUACUUCAUGCAUAAUUAAUGAACUUACAACUCAUUAAUGAAUUAGAAGUGAGUGCGAAUUGGUUUUGGCAAUAAAACAUACAGGAAUUUAGAAUUCCUCUAUCAAUUUGGUCCUUUGAGUGCCGGAUCUAAAUACCUCUCCCUGUGCCUGGAGGUAGUACGCUGGAAAAUCGUGCACGGACGAGUUUUUGACUCGUUUUACUAAAGACCUGACCUCUGAAUUGAGGUUAAAAUUUAAACAGGCCUGCGUAUUAUCACGGAGGACAGGGAGGGUGACUAGAUACAACGAACAAUGCUUAUCCCAGUCGGCAGCAGGUAAAGUAGCCUUUAUUCUCGAAUUUGGGAGGGAUUAUUUAGGAUAUUUAUUGAUUAAAAUGUUAUGAAGGAGUUGAAUUUGAUCAAUAAUAGGUGCUUGAAUAUUCCGAACAAAUAAAAUGGGUUUCUACCGGGGGUAUUAACCAGGAUAUCGAUAAAAAGGAAGCAGGUCCGAAAUUGACCUGAGGUAAGGUGCGCUACCAUCAAAUAAACUAGAGCUUAAUUAAUAAAGCCUGGUCUUGCAAGCCAGAAGGUUAUUAAGGAGUGAUAUAGUAUGCAUUGGAGAAUUAGGACGCUUGUUCCGUACAAAUAGGAUGGCCAAUAAUUCAAUAAACAUACCUAAAUAAAGUUUUUACCUAAUAGUCUAUCUGUAUAUGGGAAGUAGUCUGACUGUGGAAAGUAGCAGAUAGAUAUGUUAAAACAGGUGAGGAUAAAUUAGGCUUGGUGAGAAGGCAGGGUAAUUCUAGGCGAACAGAAUAAAUGAACCUGUACAAUGCUGAAAGAAAUUAAUAUCAAAUGAUAAGUGAUUAGUCUAGAGUAGUGAGAUUUGAGACAUUAACGUUGAAAGUCCCAAAAGGAAUAUCCUAUGGGUAAAUGGGAUGUCCGAUCAAAAGUCUUCUAUAGACGUGGUUCACAGGAGAGGUCAACUUAGUCUAGAGUAGUGAGAUCCGAGACAUUAACGUUGAAAGUCCCAAAAGGAAUAUCCUAUGGGUGAAAUGUGAUGUCCGAUCAAAAGUCUUCUAUGGACGCGGUUCACAGGAUGGAAAAUACAUACUGAUUAUUUUUAAAGGAACACACACAUAGGCAGACAGAAUAAUAACUAGAAGUAACUAAGUAACGGUAAAUUACAAAUUUAUAGAACUGCACGCACAUAGAAUUAAAAAAUUAUAUAAGUGAUUAGAUACCAUAGCUACAAGGGAACGGCAAGGAUUUAGAAUGGGUGGGAAUGCUUCAAAGAAAGCCCCGGAACUAACGGGAGACGAGCGUUACAUGGAACAGAGAGUCAAGAGAAACAUCGAUUUCGGUCUAAGAUGGAAAAAAAAAAAUGAGUUUGAUGGCCGUCUAAAUGUAGAUAGAGAAGGAAAUAAAGUCGAGAAAAAUUAAUAAGGUGAGUCAAAAGAAAAAUACAAGAUGUUUUAAUUGUAACAAAAUUGGACAUUUCGCCCGGGAGUGUAACACUCCAAGAAAAAAUCGUCAACAGGUUGUAAUUUAACUGUGGGGAAGUCAGAGGCGACAAUCGAGUAAAGAAAGGGAAGGUUCAGAUACAAAGGGAGCGAGAUUAACGAGAAUUCUAAUUGAUGGUAAAUUAUAAUUCAGGAUUUGAACAGAUGUGAUAAAUAAGGUUUGGUUAAUCGAACAAGAAUUAUUUACAAUUCAUUUGAAGUCGCUACGAAUUGGCAGGUUGAGUGCUUGAUGAUUACGUCACUAGCGAGGCACUUUUGUAACCAGGGACUGGGGAUAACGGAGCAAAUCGUAUGGCUGUUAGUGUGUGUGUCGAGGUUUCGAGUAACUUUUCAGAAGUUGAUAUAAAAGUGUUUUGUUUAUUUGUUUACUGGUUAUGGUCAAUUUUAGGGAUUGAUUUAACUUAGUUGAACAGUGUGUUCUGGCGGGUUUAGGUAGAACUCUUUGUUCCGGGACGGAUGAGAGUUACCCAAAAUAAGUAAAUUAAAGGAGCCAUGAGAGAAUGCGAAUGCAUAUUUAUUAAAUAUUGGGGAUUAAAUUACGGAUUCCUUACACUGUGAAAUGUACGACAUUUGCGGCAGAGAGAAAAAGUAAUGCAUUGGAUAAUAAUGUUAUCGGGUUAAUUGUAUCUAAAGGUAGCAUGUUCGUUUAAGUAAACAUAUCCGUAGACGAUGUUUAAAACUUAUGAUUAAUGAUUUGAGUCAAAGGGGAAUUAUCAUUAGGUUUUAGUUAUAGUUCACUUAUUGAGUUUCUGAUUCGAGGUAGCAUUAGUGAAUGAGAGUUAGGUGUGUGGUGUCUCACUUUUAGAGGCCUCCUGGGAUUAUAACUUUGGAGAGAGUGAGGGAGAGAGCAGCUUUAAACGACCAAAUUGAAAAAGGUCUGCAAAUUAUACACAUAAAACAACUGUUAGAACUGUUUGUUUUAGUGCAAGGGUAUUUUAAAGAGGCACGCUCACAUAUGGAACCUUAUGAGAUGUUAUUUUAUGGGUUUUAAUUACACAGGUGACUAUUUCUAUUGUAAGGAUAAAGGGUUCGUUAUGUCUAAUAUGGUAUGACCUUUUGACCUUAUCAUGACUGGCUUCUGAGGUCUGAUCAGCCUCAGGGGAGAGUCAUUUGUAUAAUGAAUGGAAGUCAUAUUGAGUUACUAGUUUUAAGGUAAAUUCAUUAGAAAUGAAGCAGUUUUGGUUGAGGGGUUAGAAUUACUGUUUGAACCGCAAAAGAGAAAGUGGUUCAGGAUUCCGUCUUAUAACAUUAGCUGUGAAGUUGUUGAAUGGGCUAUUAGUGAUUUGGUAUUGUAACAGAGAGAAAGUCAUAUUCAUCAUUGAGAAUAAAUAGGGGAAGAUAACAUAUUUUGAGCCAACAGGGCAGGGAAUUGAGAUAUUUUUGUUUGGUUUUAACACCCGUGUACAGGAGUGUCAAAAGACGGGGGACAUUACCUGUGUAAUGGGGGAGGGUGUCCGUAUGGGGAUUACAUGAUAACCAACUUGGGACAGUUCUAGGAUUGGAGAAGAGGAUAUCCUUAUAGCAUAGGGGAUCCCAUAAAGGUGGAUAGGUUUUCCAUGAUAUGGGGGAAACCUGGGAGCACUGUUGAACUUUGUAAAGGUGAUGAAAUCCUACUAACCAUCAAAACUAUUAAGCUCUCUGAUGCAGGCACUUACACCCUCGGACCACAAAGGACCGUGACAGACACGAUGGGUGUGUUUCCUAUUAAGGUACUGCCAAAACCAGAGGUCCCAGACGAACCAGGGCCAGACAUACUCCUCUACCACCCCUGGACCGAACCUGUCAC